ACAACCAAGGUGACGGUUAGGCACGGCGGCGAAACGAUGACGAUAGAUCGGAAAAGUGGUUUCUGCGACUCAACCUCCGUUUUCCACAGCAAACGCGAACCAAUGUCACUCCCGCCAAACCAACACCUCGACGUCACGACUUUCAUUUCAUCACAGCCUCACCGCGGCGAAACCGCAUUCGUCGACGCCGUCACCGGUCGCCGUCUCGGCUUCUCCGAGCUCUGGCUCGGCGUGGAGAGAGUCGCUUCUCGCCUUCACGCAUUAGGCGUUCGCAAAGGCGACGUCGUCAUUAUACUCUCCCCGAACUCGAUCCUCUUCCCCGUCGUCUCCCUCUCCGUGAUGUCGCUCGGCGCCGUCAUCACCACCGCGAAUCCGAUCAACACCCCCGGAGAAAUCUCGAACCAGAUCGAGGACUCUCGCCCCGUCCUCGCAUUCACCACGCGCAAUCUCGUCUCCAAGCUGCCGAGCUCGAACGAUCUCCCGGUGGUUCUCAUGGACGAUUCCCGCGCGGCGUCUUCAUUUUCCCGCGCCAAGAUAGUCGGGAGCUUGGAGGCAAUGAUGGAGACGGAACUGAGCGAGUCGUCACGUGCCAAGCAGCGUGUCAGCCAAGACGACACUGCCGCUUUACUAUACUCAUCAGGCACUACCGGGACGAGCAAAGGAGUAAUGCUGACUCACCGUAAUUUAAUCGCGCUGGUACAAGCGUACCGAGCCCGGUUCGGUUUAGAGAAGCGAACCGUCUGCACGAUCCCGAUGUGCCACGUAUUCAGCUUCGCCGGUUUCGCGACGAGCCUGAUCGCAUUAGGGUGGACGAUCGUGGUUCUCCCUAAAUUCGAGAUGAAUCAGCUUCUCUCCGCCGUGGAGAUUCACCGGCCAUCGCAUCUCUCCCUCGUCCCGCCGAUGCUGGUGGCCAUGGUCAACGGCGCGAGGGAGAUCAAUUCGAAGUACGAUCUCAGCUCGCUGCGCACCGUCGUCGUCGGAGGAGCUCCUCUGAGCAGAGAGGUGACGGAGAAGUUCGUGGAGAGGUACAGUGGUGUUAGGGUUCUGCAGGGCUAUGGUUUGACCGAGACGACGGCUGUAGUUGCUUCUAUGUUUAGUGAGGAGGAGACGGAGAGGUACGGUUCCUCUGGUUUGCUUGCUCCGGAUGUGGAGGCUAAGAUUGUGGAUCCGGAUACGGGUCGGGUAUUUGGGGUGGAUCAAACCGGGGAGUUCUGGGUCCGGAGUCCUACCGUUAUGAAAGGUUAUUACAAUAACGAAGAAGCUACUGCUUCUACUAUUGAUUCAGAAGGAUGGUUGAUGACUGGAGAUUUGUGUUACAUUGACAGUGAAGGUUUUGUCUUUGUUGUUGAUAGAUUAAAGGAGCUUAUCAAAUGCAAUGGUUAUCAGGUUGCUCCAGCUGAAUUAGAAGCAUUGUUGCUUGCUCAUCGAGAGAUUGCUGAUGCAGCAGUAAUACCCAUCCCUGACAUGAAAGCUGGGCAAUAUCCAAUGGCAUAUAUCGUAAGAACAGCUGGAAGUAACUUAUCCGAAAGUGAGAUCAUGAGCUUCGUCGCAAAACAGGUAUCUCCAUACAAGAGGAUACGUAAGGUUACGUUUCUGGCUUCAAUCCCCAAAAAUCCCUCUGGCAAGAUUUUAAGAAGAGAACUUAUAAAGCUCACAACCUCAAAGCUGUAGCAGGAAGCUGUGUUCACCAAUCACCACCCUUAUUUCACCCUUCACCAUUAGUUAACUCAUUUAUUUGGUUAAUUCUUCUAUAGAAAUCUCUGACAAAACUGAAUAUGAUAUACAAACUUGCAAGGCUUAUACAGAAUAUCUGUUUCUCUAUA